ACAGUUGGAAUAAAUAUGUUUGGAAAUAAGAGAAAAAACUUGCCACCGAGGCCCAGUUUGCCUCAAGCAGACCAGAUAACUGAAGAUCUGAGAAUUCCAACCACAGAUGAUGUUGUGUUUAGCUUCAAAGAUCGAGACGACAUGCAGCCCAAUUUACAUUUUCCUACGAAUGCCUAUGACGUUGAAAACAUAUAUGGAAAAGCUCGAACUUACCUGAAUGGCAAUAAACAGUUGAAACUCCUCGCUGAGUCCCUGGACAUCGAGAACAGUGAAUUACAAAUAAAUUACACAGCUAUUGUGACGUUAGCUCAAGACAUUCGAGAUCAGGCACAGGCCGUUUUGACAAAAUAAUAAUAAUCUGCUUCAGUGUUCAUGUAAUUACCUUAUUUACUUUAUUAUAAAAUCUUUAUACAUGAAUAA